CAUUGACGUUUCAAAACCUAACCAAUUUUUACGACGUCAACAGGAUUUUGCUCGAUUUUUAUUUAAAUUUCAUUUAAAAACAAUGUUAAUAUUCGAUAUUAACAAAACAAAUUAACCAAUCAGCUACAUAUUAGUGUAAUUUAGAACUUCGAAGCCUGAAACUGUACUAUGGGUUUAUUUACAGAGAUUUCGAAAUUGUGUAUAUUCUUAAUAUUAAUAUGGGUGCCAACAAGUUAUUCCUUCUAUGUUCCUGGAAUGGCACCAGCAGAUUUCCAUAAAGGAGACCUCAUAGAAGUCAAAGCUGUGAAAAUGACCAGCAUACACACGCAACUACCCUACGAAUACUACUCGCUACCUUUUUGCUUGCCAAAAGGUGGUGCUAGCGCUAUUCAUUACAAAUCAGAGAACUUAGGAGAAGUUCUUAGGGGAGAUCGAAUAGUUAACACUCCAUAUAUAGUUAGAAUGGCUGAAUCAACUCCCUGUACGUUGUUAUGUCAUACGCCUGGAAAGCCAAUGCAUUGGACUGCGGCAGAAUCACAAAUGGUAGUGGAUAGGAUCCAGCAUGAAUACUUUGUUCAUUUACUUGUAGAUAAUCUUCCAGCUGCAACACCUCGGCGUAGCUCAGAUUCAUAUACGGUAGAAUAUGAGCAUGGUUACAGACUAGGUAACACAGUUGGAUCGAAAACUAUAAUAAAUAACCACUUGAAAUUCAAAUUGUUCUAUCAUCAACCUCAACCUGAUGUAUAUAGGGUGGUUGGGUUUAGUUUGAAUGCAAAAUCGGUGUCAUUGGAGAAAACCAAGUUUGAUGCAAACACCAAUCAGUGUAGUUUUUCUGAUGAUGCUACUCCACAAACUGUCGAUCCAAAUACAGGGACAAUGUUGUUUUUUACUUACGAAAUUGAAUGGGAGGAGUCCAAAGUGAGUUGGGCAUCCAGAUGGGACACAUAUUUAGCUAUGACAGAUGCCCAAAUUCAUUGGUUUUCCAUUGUUAAUUCUAUAGUAGUGAUAUUUUUCCUAACAGGAAUGUUAACUAUGAUAAUGGUGAGGACGCUGAGAAAAGACAUAGCAAAGUAUAAUGCCGAUGAAUUUUUUGAUGAUACUGUUGAAGAGACCGGUUGGAAGUUAGUGCAUGGGGAUGUUUUUAGGCCGCCUAAGUAUUCUAGGUUUUUUGCUGCUCUGGUUGGGUCUGGUAUACAGAUAUUUCUGAUGGCACUACCUACAUUAUUUUUCGCCAUGUUGGGUAUACUGUCGCCAGCAUCCAGAGGCGCACUAACAAACGCAGCUAUUAUUUUUUAUCUAUUCAACGGUGCAGUGGCGGGGUAUUUCUCAGCAAGACUUUAUAAAACAAUUAAAGGUAGAGAAUGGAAAAAAGCAGCUUUUCUUACAGCUGUUCUAUACCCGGCAAUCAUUGCAUUCUCCUUCUUCAUUCUGAACUUCUUUAUAUGGGGUAAAGCUAGUAGUGGAGCUGUACCGUUUGCCACAAUGAUAUCUCUACUUCUCAUGUGGGUAUUCAUAUCGCUCCCACUGGUUUAUGUGGGAUAUUAUUUUGGGUACAGGAAACAACCCUAUCAACACCCUGUAAGAACCAAUCAGAUACCGAGACAGGUACCGGAACAACACUGGUACAUGAAUCCAAUUUUAUGUACCCUGAUUGCCGGAAUUCUGCCUUUUGGAGCAGUUUUCAUAGAACUGUUCUUCAUAUUCACCGCCAUAUGGCAGAACCAGUUCUAUUACCUGUUUGGAUUUUUGUUCUUGGUUUUUAUUAUUCUUAUCAUAUCCUGUUCGCAGAUCUCGAUCGUGAUGGUUUAUUUUCAACUUUGCGGAGAGGACUAUCACUGGUGGUGGAGGAGUUUCAUGGUCUCAGGAGGCUCGGCAUUCUAUAUCUUAGGUUAUUCCUUCUAUUAUUUCAUGACGAAACUGGAAAUAACAGAAUUCAUACCGACGUUGCUCUACAUCAGUUACACGGGACUUAUGGUGUUUACUUUUUGGUUAUUGACUGGUACAAUAGGAUUUUUCGCGGCGUACUCGUUUGUUAAGAAAAUUUACUCUGCCGUUAAGAUUGACUAAAAGUUUCGACUCAUUUGACAUGCCUUUUCAUUGUUUUUUUGUAUAGUGUUUUCAAGAUAAAGACUGUUCACCCAUUGUUUGCCGUUACGUCAUUAUUAUUUGUCAAAUAUGAGUUUUAGGGUGUGUCUGAGAUCAGUUCAUACCAAUCGAUUAGUCUCACUCAUUUGCUGUCCUCCAUAUUUGCGAAUUUCAAGUUCCAGGGCUUUACGCCCUGGGCUGCUCAGAACGGUUCUGAAAGGAGCUGUGCGCGAUAGCCUGGUGCCUCCAUAUGGCGCGGAACAGUUCUGAACUUUCUGACUCAAUUGAAUGGAGCGAGAGUAUCGCGUUCUUGAACAGUUCAGACCUGCCCAACUGCGUGAAAGGAGGACAGCAAUUUCAGAUCGUUUGAUGAAGAUUGGCAAAAAACUCUUACUUCACUUCACCACAGAUUACUUCACUGUGAACUGUGAGGCGGUACCUUUCGAAGUUAGCCGAGUCAGUUAGUACUGGAUAAAUGUCUCUGCAUAUUGUCAAACUUCAAAAAUAUCCUGGUCAGUAUUAAAGUAUUUCAUUUCGUACACAGUCACAGUGCAGCUUCAAAAAUUUAAAAUUUUCUCAAAAAUAAAGUAUUCUAAUUUUUCAAAUUACGUAAAAAUAAAAAAGUUACUUAAAAUUUUAAUGGUAUCACAUAGGAUGAUUAAAAUUUUAAAUUUCGACGGGUUGUAUCUACCAAAAAUAAUUUCCUUAUUUCAUAAAAAAGAACAAAAUAUACAUGAAAACAUUGAAAUAGGCAUGUUAAUUGAUUAAAAAAUCAAAUCGAAAAUGCAAACGAAAUAAUUUAUUUUUUUCUAUAGAAUUGGAUGAGAAAAUUUCAUUUUUUGACUAUAUAGACGCCAUGCGAUAAAAAGAUUGCUGUCACGGUAGACUUAGAAAUUACAUUUUAACGUGAGAUUUACUAUGACUACAAUAAUUGGAUUUAUUGAUAGACAAGUAUUUUAUAAUUUAUUUAUACUCAGUGUUUAUUUUGUAGUUUUUCAAGAAAAUUCAAAUAAGACACUAGCAAUGUGUGCAUACUAAAGUUCAUACUGAAAUUACUCUUCUAUGCCUACUAUGACAUUGUUUUCACUUGAUGGUACAUCAUUAAAAAUAGGCUGUACUUAAACUGCCGUUAAACGGUAGCUUACUAAAAUGCCGUUAAUAGGUAUGACGUCGUUGAUGUGACGCACUUGACGGCUUUAUAAAAUAUAGGAAUUUUAUAAGGACUAACCAACGCUAUCCACCACAC